AUGGCCCUGGUGCCCCUGAAGAGGAGGCGAAGGGCCCCGUCCCCACCGGCCGGGCCCCCGGACACUGGGCGCUUCCCCGCCGUGGUGCUGUGCCUGGUGGAGAAGCGGAUGGGGGCCAGCCGCCGGGCCUUCCUCACCCAGCUGGCCCGGGCCAAGGGCUUCCGCGUGGACAGGGCCUACAGCGCCGCAGUGACCCACGUGGUGUCGGAGCAGAACUCGGGGAAUGAGGUGGCCCGGUGGCUGGAGCAGCAGCAGGAGGAGUGCGGUGCCGGGGGGGACCCCGCCCUGCUGGACAUCAGCUGGUUCACGGAGAGCAUGGGGGCCGGGCGGCCCGUGGAGAUCGAGUCCCGGCACCGCCUCAGGGUGACUGCGCUGGCUCCGCUCGGGCAGCAGAUGGCACCGUAUGCCUGCCAACGCCGGACCCCGCUUCUCCACAGCAACCAGCCGCUGACGGAGGCACUGGAGACCCUGGCGGAGGAGGCAGGUUUCAGCGGCAGCGAGGGGCGCAGCCUGGCGUUCACCAGGGCAGCCUCGGUGCUGAAGGCCCUGCCUGGCCAGCUCAGCGCCCUGGAGGAGCUGGGGCCUCUGCCUGGCAUUGGGGAGCACUCCCGGCGGGUCAUCCAGGAUGUGCUGGAAGAUGGCGUCUCAGUGGAGGUGGAGAGAGUGAAGCUGUCGGAGAGGUACCGGACUAUGAAGCUCUUCACCAAGAUCUUCGGGGUUGGGGUGAGGACGGCCAGCCGGUGGUACCAGGAGGGGAUCCGGACGCUCGUGGAUCUGCAGGAGCGGAACACCAAACUGACCAGGCAGCAGCAGGCAGGGCUGCAGCACUAUGAGGACCUCAACACCCCGGUGGAGCGUGGCGAGGCGGAGUCCAUCGGCCGGAUGGUGCAGGAGGCUGUGCAGCGGUUUCUGCCCGGAGCCUCGGUGACGCUGGCCGGCGGGUUCAGACGGGGGAAGCCACGCGGCCACGACGUCGACUUGCUUCUCACGCAUCCCGAGGCCGGCAGAGAGGCGGGGCUGCUGAGCCGCGUCGUCAGCUGGCUGGACAGCCAGGGUUUGAUACUCUAUCAGCACAGCCAGGAGAACAGCUUCGCGCUCCACGAGGGCCCCGAGCCGCCCGGGGGCAGGGACGUCCUGGACCGAUUUGAGAGGUGCUUCUCCAUAUUCCGCCUGGAGGUGCAGGGGCGCCCGGGUGCUGCCCGAGGCUGGAAGGCCGUCAGGGUGGACCUGGUCGUGGCUCCAGUCGGUCAGUUCCCGUUUGCUCUGCUCGGCUGGACCGGCUCCCGGCACUUCGAGCGCGAGCUCCGGCGCUUCGCCGGCCACGAGAGGAAGAUGGUCCUGAACAGCCACACCCUGUACGACACCAGGCUGAACCUCUUUCUACCUGCUGCAUCCGAAGAAGAAAUCUUCCAGCACCUGGGCCUGGAGUACGUGCCACCCACGCAGAGAAACGCCUGAGCCCGGGGCCUGGAGUACGUGCCCCCCCAGAGACCCUUCACUGCACAGGAAUCCCCUCUCCAGCCCCGGAAA